UUUCACAACGAUUGUUUUUUUCAUAGCGUCUCUGUGGAAAAGAGCGUCAUUGAAUAUUUUGCAAGAAAUCUCGGUAAUUAAAUCAUUUGACUUGACCAAUUUGUUGUGAAAAAGGAAGAAAAACAUAUUUUGUGUGUCUGUAAAUGUGUAUCUUGUGGCUUUUGUGAGAAUAAAUUGUUUUUACAAGUGAAAUUGAAAAAGUUGACAAGAGUGAAGCCCCUCCGGAAUGAAUGCAACUUUACUUGGAGGGAAAUUGACUUAUCUGAAGAAAAAUGGGAAGAACAGGAUUGUGUACAAUACCCGAGGAGUCUCUGUGAAGUUCGGGAAGGAUUUAUCAUGUCACUUCCGCCUGAAGCAUCCCGAAGCCUUGCGGGUGCACUGCAAGAUCUUCAUGGGAAAAUUUGGAAAGGUGCAAGUGAAGAAUUACUCUGAGGAGGAUUCAGUUCAGGUGAAUGGCAAGGGAGUGAAUGGUAAGUGUGUCCUGAGGCCUGGAGAUUUCCUUAAGGUCUUCAACGAUGAGUUCCUGUGGAACUACAUGCCUCUGCUGGAUGACUCGAAGAGCUUGGCCACUGUAAUCGAUAACCAGACCGGAAUAGGCAAGAGAAGGAUCUGCAAGUCAGAGCCUGGCAGGAAGAAGAAGCAGAUCCGCCUAAACAGAAAUACAACGGUGUCCGUUUUGACGCCUCUCAGGCCCCAAGCAAGAAGUUACUCCGAUGCCUACAACUGCACAAUUGAGAACAAACAGGAGACUUGUACGCCUGAGCAGACAACACUCAUUAAAGAUUCAACUCAGCUGGAUGCCUCUACGACAUUGCAGCAGAAUGACACGGCAAGUGAGAUGACAAACAGCGUCUAUGCAACGCCACUGGAAGUUACUUUGGCUACUUCCACUUUGGUUUCUCCAAAAAUGCCAAGGGAGUCCAUCAAUCUUAUUGAUUUAUGCACUCCAGCACCGUCGAAGGUGGUAUCCAGGGUCGAUGCUCAGUUUCCUGACACUCCAGACGUCUUCAAGACGCCUGUCAGGCAACCCGUGACCAGAAGCUUGAGAACUCCAUCCUCAGCCACUCGCGGGAAUUACUCUGCAGCCAAAGUCAAUGUGGAUUUCACCAGUUUGCCCCAGAGCACUCCAAUUGAAUUGUUCAGCAAGUCCAGGCAGUUGGAUGAGUCCCAAGAUGAUCAGUCAGCAUCGGUGAUUACAAUUGAGGACUCUGACGAGACAUUGAAAACCCUCGAUGAAAGUGUAAAGUUUGUCGGGGAGAAAAUGUCUCCGAAAACUCCGCAGAGACCCCUCAGAUCCGCCAAAACUCCAGUCAGCACUAAAAAGACUCCCAAAAAGGAAGAACUGGGAACUCCUAAGAAUCCUCCGAGAAUCUCAAAACGUCCAGCGACGUCAGUUAAGAAAGUCACGAGGAGGAUUGAUGUUGGGAAGAAGCUCAAUAAUUCUGAUAUAACUGGCGAGAAGGCUGCUCGGACGAUCAGUGAGGUGUCCAAAUUGAUGACUAUGGAAAAUCUGGCAGAUAUUACAGUUGACAAGGAGAACAUAACGACUCCAAUUACGGAGAAAACCCCUCUAAGAACUGGCAUUGAGAAAAAUCUUCUCCAGGAAGACCUCGCAGUUGAAGUAGGAAUGACAACGCCUGUUGUGCAGAAAACUCCUUCCCAGAAUGUUGCAAGUGAGGAAAAAUUCCAAGAUCUUGAAGUUCAUGAAGUCACAACGCCUCUUGCGAAGAAAACUCCUGCCCGGAGGUCUUUGAGUGUGAAGAAACUGUCUCAGGACGAUCUGGAAGUUGAAGAGAUCAUGACGACUCCAACUUCAAAGACAACUCCAACUGAGACAACCCAAUACCAGGAAGAUCUCCAAGUUGAAGAAACGAUCGCAACGCCUCUUACGAAGAAAACUCCCGGACGUAAAGCACUGAGCGUGAAGAAACUAUCACAGGAAGAUCAGGAAAUUGAAGAGAAGAUAGGAACGCCUCUUGCAAAGAAAACUCCUAGGAAAACUGCAACUGAGAAAAGCCUUCUUCAGGAAGAUCAGGAAUUUGAAGAAGAGAUUGCAACGCCUCUUACGAAGAAAACUCCCGGACGUAAAGCUCUGAGCGUAAAGAAAAUAUCACAGGAGGAUCAGGAAGUUAAAGAGAAGAUAGGAACGCCUCUUGCGAAGAAAACUCCUAGGAUAACUGCAACUGAGAAAAGUUUCCUCCAGGAAGAUCAGGAAUUUGAAGAAGAGAUUGCAACGCCUCUUACGAAGAAAACUCCUGGACGUAAAGCUCUAAGUGUGAAGAAACCGUCACAGGAGGAUCAGGAAGUUGAAGAGAAGAUGGCAACUCCUCUUGCAAAGAAGACUCCCGGACGCAAAGCUCUGAGUGUGAAGAAACGGUCUCAGGAAGAUCAGGAAAUUGAAGAGAUGAUAACAACGCCUCUUGCAAAGAAAACUCCUAGGAAGAUUGCAACUGAGAAAAGUCUUCUUCAGGAAGAUCUAGAAGUAGAAGAAGCGGUGACAACGCCUCUUACAAAGAAAACUCCCGGACGUAAAGCACUGAGCACGAAGAAACUGUCUCAGGAAGAUCCGGAAGUUGAAGAAAAGAUCGCAACGCUUCUUGCGAAGAAAACUCCUAGGAAAACUGCAAGUGAGAAAAGUCUUCAGGAAGAUCUAGAAGUUGAAGAAGCGAUGACAACGCCUCUUACAAAGAAAACUCCCGGACGUAAAACUCUGAGCACGAAGAAACUGUCUCAGGAAGAUCCGGAAGUUGAAGAAAAGAUCGCAACGCCUCUUGCGAAGAAAACUCCUUCAAGGAAAACUCUGACUGAGAAAAGUCUUCUUCAGGAAGAUCAAGAAAUUGAAGAGGAGAUCGCAACUCCUCUUACGAAGAAAACUCCCGGACGUAAAGCUCUGAGCGUGAAGAAACCGCCACUGGAGGAUCAAGAAGCUGAAGAGAAGCUGACAACGCCUCUUACAAAGAAGACUCCUGCUCGGAGAGCUUUGAGUGUGAAGAAACUACCUCAGGAGGAUCAGGAAGUUGAAGGAAAGAUAGCAACGCCUCUUUCGAAGAAGACUCCUUCUCGGAAAACUCUAACUGAGAAAAGUCUUCUUCAGGAAGAUCAGGAAUUUGAAGAAGGGAUGCCAACGCCUCUUACGAAGAAAACUCCCGGACGUAAAGCUCUUAGCGUGAAGAAACCGUCAGAGGAGGAUAAGGAAGUUAAAGAGAAGAUGGCAACUCCUUUUGCAAAGAACACUCCUGCUAGGAGAGCUUUGAGUGUGAAGGAGAAUCAAGAAUUUGAAGAGAAGAUAACAACGCCUGUUGCGAAGAAAACUCCUUCAAGGAAAACUCUGACUGAGAAAAACCUUCUUCAGGAAGAUCAGAAAGUUGAAGAAACGAUCGCAACUCCUCUUAUGAAGAAAACUCCUGGACGUAAAGCUCUGAGCGUGAAAAGACUGUCACAGGAGGAUCAGGAAGUUGAAGACAAGAUAGCAACGCCUCUUGCGCAGAAAACUCCUUCUCGGAAAACUCUAACUGAGAAAAGUCUUCUUCAGGAAGAUCAGGAAGUUGAAGAAACGAUCGCAACUCCUCUUACGAAGAAAACCCCUGGACGUAAAGCUCUAAGCGUGAAGAAACCGUCACAGGAGGAGCAGGAAGUUAAAGAAAAGAUGGCAACGCCUCUUGCGAAGAAGACUCCUGCUAGGAGAGCUUUGAGUGUAAAGAAACAGUCUCAGGAGAAUCAGGAAAUUGAAGAAACGAUCACAACGCCUCUUGCGAAUAGAACUCCUUCUCGGAAAACCGCAACUGAGAAAAGUCUUCUUCAGGAAGAUCUAGAAGUUGAAGAAGCGAUGACAACGCCUCUUACAAAGAAAACUCCUGGACGUAAAGCACUGAGCGUGAAGAAACCGUCACUGGAGGAUCAGGAAACUGAAGAGAAGCUAACAACGCCUUUUACAAAGAAGACUCCUGCUCGGAGAACUUUGAGUGUGCAGAAAGUGUCUCAGGAAGAUCUGAAAGUUGAAGAGGAGAUCAUAACUGCUCUUACGAUGAAAACUCCUUCUCGGAAAACCGCAACUGAAGAAAGUCUUCUUCAGGAAGAUCAGGAAGUUCAGGAGAAAAUUGUAACUCCACUUUCUGCAAAUGAAAAGACCUUGUCGCAAGUGCAUCUUGAAUUUGAGGACAUAUCAACUCCCCCUGAGAAGAAAACUCCUUCCACAAAAGCUCUGAGCGUCAAGAAACUCCCUGAUGAAACCUUGAAAACUCCUCUCGAGAAGAGAAUCGAGGAGAAGAUGACAACUCCCGUUACGACGAAAACUCCUUUCCGACGGGCUACAAGUGAGAAGAAACUGCCCAAUACGGAAGAUGUUGCAGUUGAUAAGGAGAACAUCGUCACGCCUCUUGCAAAGAGAACUCCAGCUAGGAGGGCAACAAGUGAGAGGAAACUGCCUCAGAGAUCUUUGAGCAUGAGCUUGAGAAAUACUCCUGGAAAAGUCACCAAGCCCAGAAGUCCCUUGAAUAAUUUGAGUAAUUUUUCGGGGAUCAAGAAAUUGUUUGAGAAGCAACCCAAAACUCCAAAUCUCCGUGGAGUCCGGGAGUUGAUGAAGACGCCGAGAGAUAAUAAAAAUGAUCUCCAGAAAGUUGAGGGUGUCAAAGAGCUCUUCCUGGCUAAUGUGUCACCUGAUAAUGAUCUGACAGAUGUCAGAGGUGUUAGGAAGUUGUUUAGGACUCCCGGAAAGGAAAAACAUGAUGCUCUUGAGAAUUUUCCAGGAGUGAAGAAUUUGCUAAAGACUCCGAAUUUCAAUGAUGAUCUGACAGAUGUGGUUGGAGUAAGGGAACUUUUGGCCACACCUAAAGAUGCCAAUAAACUUGAAGAUCUCGUUGGAGUGCGAGAAUUGUUGAGAACUCCGCUUGAAGACAUCUCAGUGAACUAUAUUGGAGUGAGGAAUCUUAUGAGGGAGAUUCCCGAGGAGGAAGAUUCAGUUAGGCUAGCAGGCAUGAAGGAAUUGAUGAACACUCCCAAACAGGAUGUUUCUGUGAAUUAUCGGGGAGUUAGAGAUCUCUUGAGGGAACCUGAGGAAGCUGAUACCUCAGUCAAAUUGUUGGGUGUCAAGGAACUCAUGAAGGAAUCUUCUGGAGAGACUUCAGUCAAGUUAACUGGCGUUAAGGAACUUUUUGUCGAACCUAAACCGUCUGACACCACUCAAGAUCUCUCCAAUCUCAGGGAUUUAUAUGCAAUUCCUGAAGAAGCUGAAGUACGCGAGAGUAUCGUAAAUAUUGCUGACAGUCCGAAGGAAACUCCGUCAACUUCGGAUGUUGUGGAAAUUGACCUUGAUCCAACUCUGGAUGAAUUGUUUGACACACUAAAAGGACGUACAUCUAUGCCAUCGAUAAGGCAUACGUAUUCAAGAAAGGAGAGCCCCAAGAAGGCAGAGAAGGAGGAAAGUCAAAAGGAGGCAGAGCAGGGCAGUCCCAGGAAGACAGAUGAGAAGGUUCAAGAAUGGUUGGAAUCAAUUGUUUCAUCAACUACCGAUGCUCAUCAUUCACGUCGUGCCAACAAUACUCUGCAAGUUCUAUCGGACAAAUACAGCAACGUCACGCCGAAUGAGAGUGUCAGCUUGAUUCAAGACAGCCCUGAUCACCCGGAUGUUUCAGUAACUGAUGGUGGAGAGACCGUGGAAGUAAAUGUAUCCGUAAAGGAUACACCAAUCCGUAACCGAGAGCCCACUACUCGAGUGGCGUCCUUGAGGAAGCAGGCAAUUGCCCAAAGUAUGAAUCUGUCGGGUAACAUGACAAAUAUGACACUUGAUUUUGCUGAAGGGAUCACGAGCACACCCAAAUCUCCCAGAGGAAGACCUCGAAAGAUUCCGCUGAAGGAUAAUGAAGAACAAAGUGAUUCCCUGAAAAUUCCAACAAUCACCAUUGAGGAUGCUACGCCAAGCCCUGUAAGAUCACUUCGGGCCAGAAGGCAAAAUGUCAACUACUCAGCAAGUUCAGUCGUAGCAUCAACACCUGUUGCUGAGGAUGCUGGUGAGAAACGUCAACGUGGACGGAAGCCGAAAGUGGUAAAAUUUGCUUCUCCAGCUGCUGUUGAAAUGCCUUCGAAGGUGGCUUUAGGAUCUGAGAAGGAGAAAGCUCCUAAAGCGAAGAAACCAAGAGCAACGAGAAAGAAGGGGACAGCUGAGGAAAAAGUUGAAGAGGUUUUGGAGAUUCCAGAGGAUCCAGCUCCUCCUCCGCCUCCAAAAAGAGCACGGAAGGCAGCUAUGAAGGAAGUGGAAGUGGAGAAUCCGGACAUAGUUAAACCUAGUCCCAGACGUGGUCGUCCGGCGAAGAAAGCCGUUGAAGAAGCUAAGAUGGUUGAAGAAGAGAAACCAGUACAAACUGCAUCUCGUAGAAAGAGGGGCAGAAAAGAUAAUGAGGCCAGUAAAACAACGUCUGAAAAGGAUGAUCUGCCUACGAAGGAGCCUGAUGAGCCAGAACAGAAGAGAAAGAGGGGCAAAGUUGCAGAAACUUCUGAAAAUGAAUCAAAAUCUGAAGGUGAGAAAAUGGCCAGUCCUGCAGUUCGAGGAAGGAGGGGCAGAAAGGCUCCUCUGGCUUCAGCGUUGGAAGUGGAAAAUUCAACGGAAACUUCUGAAGUCGAAUCGAAGUCGGAAGCUGAGAAGAAGGCCAGUCCUGCAGUUCGAGGAAGAAGGGGGAAGAAAGCUGCUUUGACUGUUGCGUUGGAAGCAGAAAACUCAUCAGAUGCCUUUGAAGCCGAGUCAGAGGCUGAAGUUGAGAAGAAGACUUCAACGACUCGCGGUAAAAGGGUCAGAAAAGUUGAUUUGGAGACAGGAAGCACAUCAGUCUUUAAGUCUCCUGCAAAGCCGGAAGCUGAAAGUACUUCUAGAGCUGCAACUCGCGGAAGGAGGGGAAAGAAAGUUCAGGAUGAUUUGAUGACGUCAGAAGACGAAAAGACAACCAGUUCUGGAACUCGAGGAAGAAGGGCAAAGAAAGCUCCUCUGCAGACGGCUAGUUCAACUGAACUUUCUGAAUCAGAAGCAAAUCCUGAAACUGAAAGUACCCCUAAAGCGUCAACUAGCGGAAGAAGAGGCAAGAAAAUCAAGGAUACUUCCACGUCUUCUCACUUGGAAACUACGUCAGAAGCUACGGAUCUUGACGCAAAGGCAGAAGACAAAAAGACAAGCAGCUCUGCAACUCGCGGAAGGAGAGGUAGAAAGGUUGCUUUGGACACAGCAACUCCAGUUGAAACUCCUGAAACAGAAUCAAAGCUUGAAGCCGAGAAGGCUGCUAACGUCCGUGGAAGAAGGGGCAAGAAAGUUCAGAACAAUGCCACGACUUCUGCUUCGGAAGAGAUCAAUACGUCGGAAGCUACAGGGCUUGAAGCAAAGCCAGAAGAUGAAAAGAUGACUAGCUCUGCAACUCGAGGAAGAAGGGGCAAGAAAGUUCAGAACAGCUCCCAGGCUUCUACUUCGGAAGAGGUCAAUACGUCGGAAGCUACAGGUCUUGAAGCAAAACCAGAAGAUGAAAAGACGACUAGCUCUGUAACUCGAGGAAGAAGGGCAAAAGCAGCUCCUACAGAACCAUCAAAUCCAGCUGAAACUCCUAAAGCCAACGAAGAAAAGACUUCCAACGCUGUAACUCGCAAAGGAAGACCACGAAAAGUAAGAGAUAACUCUGUGGUUUCUCCAGAAGAUGGCACUGCAUCGGAAGAGACACAAGAGCCACCACUAAAGAAGGGAAGAAGGGUCAAAGCGAAGGAAGCUACUGAAGAAAAGGGUGAAGAUGAGAAGAAGAAUGCCAAGACACGACGGGGAAAACCAGAAGUUGAGAACAGUCCUGUUGUCCAGGAAGCAGCUGCUGCACCCAAAAGAACUUUGCGAUCAAGAAGAGGGGAUUAAUUUUUUUCUGAUUUAUGCAUUUAUUAAUUGAUUUACAAUAUAUUUUUAAAUAAAGCUGGUUCUGAUAAUUCGCUUAAAAAA